UGCGUUGCCAUUGCUAUAUAUAACAUGCAGUAGAUAACACAGUUAAAUCAAAACACAAACAAGACCUCGACUCUCAAACAGACUUGCUGAACCAGUCACCUCCUGUUGAAAUGGCGCUGAGAGGAAAAGUUGCUAUCAUUACAGGUUCCAGUUCAGGAAUUGGGGCAGGGAUUGCUGUAGCGUUUGCCAAAGAAGGAGCCAAACUGUCAUUGACUGGUAGGAACCAGAAGAAUUUGGAGGACGUGGUCAAGAACUGCAAGAAGGCAGGGUGUCAGGACGUUCUCAUAAACGUGGGAGACGUCACAAAGGAUGCUUUCAGAAAGACUCUCGUGGAGGCAACCAAGAAGAAGUUCGGGAAAAUAGACAUACUGGUGAACAACGCUGGGAUCUCAGACAUAAGUCCACUGACAUCAACGACCAAAGAGCAGUACGACAGAAUAAUGGCUGUCAACGUUGAGGCACCCUAGUUUUUGACACAGUUAGUUGCACCGCAUUUGAUUGAAACUAAAG